AUGCUUUGGAAUACCGCUUGUAGAAUUAGAGGUGUUCUCGCUCUAAUCGUCAGUGAUUCUAAGUCUGAUACUCUUCACACAGCAGCUCUGAAGGAGCCCGGGUUCCCCAUCCCUGGUCCUGAUCCUGAUCCUACUCGUGUUCCUACUCCUGAUCCUAGUACCACUCCUACUUCUGAUCCUACUCCUUAUCCUACUCGUGAUCCUUCCCCUGAUCCUACUCCUGAUCCUACUCCUACUACUCCCACUACUUCUACUUCUACUCCUAUUUCUACACCCAUCCCUGAUCCUACUCCUAAUCCUACUCCUGAUCCUACUCCCGAUCCUACUACCAGUCCGACUUCUGAUCCUACUUCCACUUCUACUUUUGUUCCUACUCCUAAUCCUACUCCCACUCCUACUUCCGAUCCUCCUCCUGAUCCUACUACUCCUACUCUAUUAAAUAUUAUAUAA